AUGGGCAAGCUUGUGACAGUAGCGACGUGCUCCCUCAACCAGUGGGCCCUUGAUUUUGACGGCAAUGCGGAGCGCAUAAUCACAAGUAUCAAGCAAGCCAAGGCAGCGGGAGCUCGGCUGAGAGUCGGUCCUGAGCUGGAGGUUUGCGGAUAUGGACCAAUCACUAACCAUGCCAGCUUGGAGGGUGACCUCUUUCUUCACUGCUGGGAAUCUCUGGCAACCAUCAUCACCCACCCAGAUGUUAGCGACUGUAUCCUCGACAUCGGCAUGCCUGUGCGCCACAAUUCAGUCCGCUACAACUGUCGCGUUAUUGUGUUGAACAAGAAGAUCCUCCUCAUCCGUCCCAAAAUGGCCAUGUGCGAGGAAGGCAACUACUUUGAGUCUCGGUGGUUCACUCCGUGGACACGGAAACGAGAAGUCGAAGACUACCCGCUCGAAGAUGCAAUUAGCAGCGUCACAGGCCAGCGAACUGCACCGUUUGGAGACGGCGUCCUCCAGACCAUUGACACGCUGGUCGGCGCAGAAACGUGUGAAGAGCUGUUCACUCCAAAUGCUCCUCAUAUCCAUAUGGGAUUGAAUGGCGUCGAGAUCUUUGUGAACUCCAGUGGCUCGCACUACGAAUUGAGAAAGCUGCAAACCCGUGUCUCUCUCAUUCGGGAGGCCACGAGACAGAAUGGUGGUAUCUACGUGUAUUCCAAUCAACGAGGCUGCUCGGGAGACAGAUUGUACUAUGAUGGCUGUGCCAUGAUCUUCGUGAACGGCAGACUGUUGGCUCAAGGGAGCCAGUUCAGCUUGAACGACGUUGAGACUAUCACCGCAAAUGUCGAUCUCGAAGAUGUGCGGUCAUUCCGUGUCUCUCACUCGCGAGGUCUCCAGGGCGCCGAGGCCCUCCCAUAUCCUCGUAUACCAGUCGAUCUCCGCUUGACGCACCCAGGCCUCGAACAGACCGGCAAAUUCCUCGCCCCCUCUCCGGAUAUCCCAAUUCGCUAUCAUUCUGCCGCUGAGGAAAUUGAAUUCGCCCCAGCUCUUUGGCUUUGGGACUACUUGAGGCGUUCUAGAACGGCGGGUUUCUUCCUGCCUUUGUCUGGUGGGAUCGACUCUGCAUCUACGGCUGUCCUUGUAUUUUCAAUGUGUCGGCUGCUGUAUGACGCUAUCACAUCCGAAAAAACCCUACCUCACACAAAGGAGCUCGUUUUGGAUGACCUCCGACGAGUCUGCGCACAAGCCGACGACUGGACCCCAUCGAGUCCACAGGAAAUCUGCAGUCACAUUUUUCACUCUACCUACAUGGGAUCGAAGAACAGUAGCAAGGAGACCCGGUCUCGAGCAGCGGCGCUUGCGAAAGCCAUUGGAUCCUAUCACAUUGACCUCAACAUUGAUGGUGUUGUGUCUGCUCUUACCACAUUAUUCACUACUGUCACCGGAUUUACCCCGAGCUUUACUUCCAGUAAUCCGUCCGAAGGGCUUGCUCUACAGUAUGUGAAUCAAACCUGCGGCUCAUGCCUUCUUUCCUCCUUUCAUGCCCAACUCUUACCGAGUGUCCGAAAGCGCAAAGGAGGCGGUGGUCUUCUAGUUCUCGGCUCCGCCAAUGUUGACGAGCAGCUCCGUGGGUACUUGACCAAGUACGAUGCGAGUAGCGCGGAUAUAAACCCAAUCGGCGGCAUAUCUAAGGUCGAUCUUCGAAUGUUCCUCGCUCAUGCCCGGGACAAUCUCGACCUCCCUCUUUUACAAGGCUUCCUCGACGCCACCCCAACCGCCGAGCUGAUCCCGACGACCAAUGCCGAUGCCCACACCCAAUCCGACGAGGAGGAAAUGGGCAUGACAUACGCCGAGCUCAGUGUGCUCGGCCGUCUGCGCAAAGUUGGACGUCUCGGCCCAUGGGGCGUCUUUGAAAAGGUAAUUGUUCUGGCUUCAUUGUUCAUGACGCCGCGUGCCGUGUAUGAGAAAGUGCGGAAAUUCUUUUAUUACUAUGCAAUCAACAGACAUAAGCAGACUACCCUCACUCCGGGAUUGCACAUGGAACAAUAUUCGCCGGAUGAUCAUCGAUAUGACAUGAGACCCUUCUUAUACCCCAGCUUCACAGCGCAGUACCGCAAGAUGGAGCACGCAGUCAAGGUACUUGAAGACAGUGCGAGAAAUGGUGCUUGA